AUGGUUUCCCUUUCCGACCCAUUAGCAGAGUACAUCGAUCACUCAAAGCACGAUCCAGAAAAAGUCGUCGAAGUCAGUCCCAACGGUCGAUAUGCCAAGCCAGAGGCAGGACAACGGGAACAACUCCAUCUCAUGCAAAAAAUCAACAGGCGGCUCAACUCGGUCCUCGGAAAGGGCGCAUACAAGAUUGUUUACAAGGGAAUCGACCGGGAAGAAGGAUACGAAGUCGCAUGGAACUGUUUCCAGACCACAAAACAAGAAUACGCCGAGCUCUCGCAGGAGGUCGAGAUCCUGAAAAGAGUUCGCCACCCAAACAUCAUCAACUUUCACGACUGCUGGUACAGCAACACCGAAUUUAUCUUUAUCACUGAGCUCAUGACCUCUGGCACCCUUCGAGAAUAUAUCCGCAAAUUGCAAUCCCCUAAUCUCAGAGUCGUCAAGCGGUGGUGCAGGCAAAUCCUCAAGGGACUCAUCUAUCUUCACUCAUACGACCCUCCAAUCAUUCACCGUGACAUCAAGUGCGACAACAUCUUCAUCAACGGAGCUCACGGCGAAGUCAAGAUUGGCGACAUGGGAACAGCAAAGAUGAAGAUUGGCAAAAAGUACACUGUCAUUGGCACCCCUGAGUUCAUGGCACCGGAAAUGUACGAGGAAAAGGGAUACAACGAAAAGGUCGACAUCUACGCCUUUGGAAUGUGUCUGCUAGAGAUGGUGACGGGCGACUACCCUUACAACGAGUGCAAAAACGCUGCCCAGAUAUACAAGAAAGUCUCCCAGGGACUCAAACCAGAGUGUCUCAGCCGAAUUAUCGACCCAGAAGUGCUCAGUCUCAUUCAACGCUGCCUAGCCCCUGAGCACGAGCGAUACUCUGCUCAGGAGGCCAUCGAAGAUCCAUUCUUGGGAGUUGAGCCAGAGGUGGUUGUGUUGACGAGCAAUGAGGCAAAAAACCACUUGACGCUCCAGGUCGUCUUCAAGGGCAUGGACAAGCUCUCUGUCAAGUUUGAAUUUAAUGCCGAUACUGAUACUGCCGAGGAAGUUGUCAACGAAAUGAUCGAAGAGGAAGUGCUGCCACAACGGUACCAACGGAUCAUUACACACGACAUCAACCGGAUAUUGCGGGAACUGGCAGGAACGGGCGACAAGAAGGAUAUUGCAGGUCUGACACCUUCUUCGCCCAUGCUCACAAACGGUCAUUCUCAUGGAGCAGUCUCUCAGUUGACCCUUGAUGGCUCUGUCACCAGAGCCGGCCUCAGCCGCAAGAACUCUAAUCCAGACUGGGGUGAGUACAGCAUGGAUGCGCCAAUUGAGGAUUUGGUGAAUGAUACGGCGAUGGAAUACCACCGCGGACCGGACAAGGCGAACGAAUGGCUGGCCAAGCUUAAGAACCAGGACAUUGUGACGAUUGGUGACCUGAAGGAUAUGCAGGAUGGUGACUGGGCGGGAUUUGAUUUGACGGUCUUUGCGUCGCGGGCACUGAGGAAUCGACUCUUUGGAAAGAGGCCCCAUACACUCACCCGCGCCUCUUCAAACGGCACCUCUGCCUCUACCACCGAUGACGGCAAUUAA